CGCGUACUCUUUUCCAUAUUCUUCAUCACACAAUUUCAACAGCGGUUUCAGACGUUUCUCCCUACCGGACGGCCUGUACCGACCACUGGCGACCGAACCACCUUUCGGCACGAUCGUUUUGCUGUUGAUAUCUAGCUCCGAGGGUCACAGCGAGUGAUGCAGGAAGCGUAGAUAACUGAACCACUGCCACCUGCUUGCGAGAUCAGACGCCCAUCAUGCGGCUCCCUCUCGCAACGGUCACGCUCUUGUUCGCAUUGUCAUGCGCCGAAGAGCUUGGCGCCAGACCUCGACUGCGGGUUCGACAGGACACUACAGCUACCGCGACAGACAUUCAGGCCAGCACGACCGUGGAAGACAGCUCACGAACGCCGGAACCGACGCAAUCUAAAGAGACAGGCAAGAAUGGAGAUGACGCCCCCACGACGACGUCUGAAGACACGGAAGUCGGCGAUGCGACCUCUGUGAUCACCGCUCGACCAAUUGAGACGUCCUUGACUACGAGCAAUGCGAACCUCACUUACGCCAAUGGAACCGACAUCGAUCCGAACGACCUUCCGAUACAACCAGAACUUACUCCUGCCCUAGGUGUCGCCGGAGCCAUCCUCAUGUCAGCUGGUCUGGGCCUUGGGUUCGUGGGUAUCAAACACAGACCCACGCAGACGUUCCUCAGCACAUCACUGCUCAUUGCGCUUGGCAUCGAAGUCCUGAUCGUAUACCUCAUGAGUCCUCCUAUCUCCAAAGCCAUACAGGGUGCUUAUCUCAUUGCUGGCGUAGUCGGCGGCUCAGCCCUGGGAGCUCUGGCGCUCAUAUUCAAGGAAGUCUCCGAGGGCUUUGGAUGUCUUCUUGGAGGCUUCUCCCUGGCCAUGUGGCUUCUAGUUCUGUCGCCCGGAGGCCUCAUUAAGAACAAGCCUGGCAAGAUUAUCUUGAUUGGACUUUUCUGCGCCGGGUCAUUCUCGUUAUACAUCAGUCGCUUCACGAGAGUGUACGGUAUCAUAGCAUGCACUUCAUUCGCUGGUGCUUAUGCUUUCAUCCUUGGGAUCGAUUGCUUCAGCAGGGCUGGGCUCAAAGAGUUUUGGGUGUACAUCUGGGAUAUUAACCCAGACGUCUUCCCUCCGUUCGUUGAUUCAUACCCCAUCACCCGCGACAUGCGGGCUGAAAUUGGAGCUGUGAUCGUGAUAACCUGCUUCGGUGUGCUUUCUCAAAUCAAGAUUUGGAAGAUCGUAAAGGAGCAAAAGGCCAAGCGCGAAGCCGAUCGCUUAGCAGAGCAAGAAGCUCGAGAUGUCGAAGAGGCUGAAGUGGGCCGCGACAUUGAAGCGCAGGUCGCUCGAGAACGUGGAGAUUGGGAAGGCCAGUACGAGGGCAAGAAGACCGCCGAAGCUCGCGUUGAUUCGGUGGCUACAAGCGAGAAGGAUCUCGACAUCGAUGGCAAUGAGGUUCCACCUCGGACAGUCGAGAAGCGACUUUCUUCGGCACGAAUUCCCUCAUUGAUGACACGCAAGUCGGCUGCAAGCCUGGACCGGUUGUCAGCCAGCAACAAAAGGUCGUCAACGGCGCCCAGUCUGCCGCCUCUGGAGUUUGACUCGGAGCAUCCUGUACCUGCCACAUCCCCAAUGCAAUCCCCACUUGCUUCAUCGGCUGGUACGCCGGGUCUAGGAAUAAGCCAUGCCGGAAGUCGUGAAAGCAGUAACCUGGAUGUGCCAAGCAGUGAACGACGGACUCGCGAAGUUCGUCCUUUGUCGAUGGCCUCUUUAUCUGCACACCAUGCCAUGCAAGAAACCGAAACUCCAUUCGAAGUCCAAGAAGACGAUGUUGCUUCUUCGAUCGCAGCCACGGCCGCAGAGGCACCGGAUAUGGACGCUCUGUCCGUUCGACUGUCACGACCAGCAUCACUAUACAUGACCUGGUCGAACACAACGACACCAAUGCAACAACAAGAACCCUUCCUGGAGGAUGAGGACGACGAAGCAUUAUGUCUGCACCGCAAGAGUACGCGUGGCUCACGACGAGGUUCUAGCCCGAGGAUACCUACUACUCCCCAUAGUGCACGCACCGGGGAAGGGUCAUACUUUGCCGGUGCCACGAUUCCCAAGGCAGAGUCCCAAGAAUAUCUGAAAGACCGACUCCCAAAGAAGCUGUCUAGGGCCGCUUCUACAUACAGAACAAACGAAUGGGCGAAGGAAGUCAGUCGGGCUGAGCCGGUCCCCCUCGAGGAGGUCGAAGAGCACACAAGUGAUGCUGUGCAAGUGGAGAUGGCAGAUGCAGCGACUGCUGCAAGAGCGGAAGAGAACAACGCAGCUCCACCGCCACCUGCACCGAAGCCCGAGCCCAUCGCAAAGGUCACGCCGAAGGCAGAUGUCAUCGAUGCAGCAAGUAAGCGUCUAAGUGUCGUGGCUUCGGCUAACACUCGUGUGCCGCAGCGUGAGGACGACGACUGGGAUCUCCCACUGGCAAAGAGACUCAGUGGCAUGAGCAGUACUACAGCACUAAACAACCUGUCUCCUCCGGCGAGGGCUCCCUCGCGGAACGCCUCGAUACUCAAUCUCGCCGGUCAACGUCCGUCGUCGCCUGCUAUACCUACUCGACCCGACACCAGUAAUGGACCGCAGUCUGCGAAGCGCUGGUCGCUUGGGCCGAGACACAGAUCCAGCACUACAAAUCUUCUUGAUGCCAGGCAAGACCGUCUGGACGCACGCUUGACCACUACUUCCUUCAUGACGGCAAACCCGCAAGCGCCUCCGGGCACCGCAUCAACCUCUUCAGAUCACACUUCAAAGGGCGGGUCGCAACCCAACACAAGCUCAAACACUUCGAUCUCCGACACUGUCAGGGCCGCGGGGAAUGAAAUUGACGAAGAAGAUAUGACUCUUGCCGAACGCAAGGCUCACGUUAAACGCCAGUCUUCUCUGGCACAAUAUAACGCGUCCGCGGCAGACCUCACGCAACAUCGCCGCUUAUCCGUAAUGGCUGAAGUUCCAGCGAACCCGUGGCGCUCAUCGCUGGCUUUGCCGACAACUAACCGGAGAAUGUCCAAUCCCAUCUAUGACUCCCAUCAGCCACAAGGAUACAGCAAUCAUGACGCCAGCAAACAAGCGAUGAACUGGAGCCAAUGGCGCAACUCAGCUGUUCAAGUCGAUCAGCAACGCGCGCCCGUGGUUACCACAGAGAAUCAAAUGGAUAUGCUGCGCGCAGCAAGAAUGCAGGCCGAAGUGGAGAAGAAGAUGAGAGACGAUCACAAGCGCCAGAUGCAGGCGCAAAUGGACCAGCACAUGCGGAUGGGCGGCAUGAACGAUGCCCACCAAGCCGCCCUCCUGCGAAUGCAAAGCCGAGUCAAGGAGUAGUCGAAACGACUUGUAAUGAUAUGUGGCGCAUGCGGCCAUGGCGAAGAAGAGAUGGAGCCUCAAAGGCGCAUAUUGAGAGAACCGAGACUCGCGAUUUGGCGGUCAUAUACGCUCACUGACGAAACACACAAUGUUUACAGUAAUACAGAAGAAAAAUUUCCUUUUCGAGAUGAAGAGGAGGCUAUUUUGCAUGCCGAAACAAGGUUAUGCCAGAAAUAUGAUACCCAAGUACCAAAAGCGGGUCUA